AUGUUAGCCCCGCCGUCUCGUCGGCCUGUCCUGCCGACUAGUAUCGCAACUCCUACUCUUCCAUCAUCCAAACCCCUCAGAUCACAGCCUCAAACCAUACAGCGAAGACCGAACUUGAAGCGCUCCAUCGACGAGACCAGUUUCAUGGACCGGCCCUCCAGCCCCUCCAAGCGCUCCAAAGUCACCUUUGAUUCUGAUGUCGAAAUCGUGUCUGCGGAUGACGAAGAAGAUCUCGAUCCUGCCCUGGUGAAAGAGACAGUACGAGCGGCCAUCGAGAGGCAUCGUAUCGGUCACAACGAGGAAUACGAUCGCCUGCAGACCCUCUUCAGCACCAGCAUUGAGAAGCCAAAUGCACCAUCAACAAAAGUCCUCCGAAUCCACCUCCAAGCGACUCUUGCCAAUGUGACAGGACUCACAAAGGACUGCAAUCAAUUGGUCAACGCCAUCCUGUACAGUGAAUGGAUUGGUAGAGAGGAUUCCUACUAUGCUCUGUUUGUCAGGUUCCUGAAUAAUCUGGCUGCGGCGCAGCGAGGAUACCAGCACAAAAUCAUGUCCGUUCUUGUGGAUCUGCUGGGGCCUCAAAAGACAAGAAGAAUUGGGUCAGCGAAGCCUGUGAGACAGCCUACCAUCCACCGGAGAGUGUUGCAAGCCCUUCAACACAUCACGCGCAACGUACCCACCGCGCCUGCAGCGUUGGCUGAUCGAGUCUCCUCCAGGCUCGAGUUUGACUUUCAGAAGGCGGAGGAACGAAUGACUUACAUUAGAAACUUCAUGGCGAUGAUCCACUACGUGCCAGAGCUGACCUCCGAUAUUCUGACUAGCGUCAUGAGGGAGCUUAUCAAGCUUGAUGUUGCGGUCCAAGUUGACCUUGAUGAAGAGGAGGAUGAUGAUGCAGAAGACGAGCUCCUCAGUCACAUGUCCUCAUCCCAGGUACUUGUGCCUGGUGCAACUCAAGACAUGCUCAAAGGCGGUCUUGACGACGAAAACGACGAUGUCAGUACUACCGAUGACGAAUCGGACAUGGAUGAAGAUGAAGGUGUGGACUCGGCUACUGCUCGCAGGCAGAAGCUGAAGGAGGACAUCAAACAGGUCGAUCUGAUCAUGGACAUCUUGUUCCAGUAUUACGCCAAACUAACGACCUCCACUACUCUCCAGACGCGCGACACAGCCUUGGAGCAGCUCAUCUCGCAAUUCCACACCCAUAUCCUACCGACCUACCGCGCCCGUCAUCCCCAAUUCCUCAUUUUCCACUUUGCUCAAUCUGAUCCGAUUGUGGUUGACCGAUUCGUCACUUCAUGUGUUGCUAUACUUGUCGAUAAGAAGCAACCUCAUCUCCUUCGACAUAGUGCGGCGGCUUACUUCUCUGGCUUCGUCGGGCGCGGCAGACAUGUGUCUCCUCAAGUAGUUCAGGACUGUCUAGAAUUGUUGUGUGACCACUUGACUGUCUUACGCAGAGCCUACGAGCCCACUUGCCGCGGACCCGAUCUUAAGCGGUUUGGCGACUUUUACGCAGCCUUCCAAGCAAUCUUAUACAUCUUUUGCUUCAGAUGGCGCGACGUUGCUUCAUCUAGCUCUGAUUACGAUUCGGACUAUGAUAACGACGAGGAUGAAGUCGAGACAUAUCAGUUUCCCGAGUCUCUGCGGGAAGCUCUCCGAGCAGCCAUGGAUUCACCUUUGAACCCUUUGCGGGUAUGCACACCGGUCAUCGUUGAGCAAUUCGCGAAGCUCACUACUGCUCUGCGAUUGUUCUACCUUUACCCGAAGCUUGAAGAAAACAAGCAAGUCCGUGUCACAGGGUAUUGGCGCGGCAUCUCAGAUUUGAGUAUCAGUAAUCCGGACCGUGAUUUGAGUUGGGUUGGAGAUAAUGGCAUGCUUGAGGGAUAUUUCCCCUACGACCCCUACCACCUGCCCAUCAGCAAACAUUGGAUCGAAGGUGACUACGUUGAAUGGGAGGGUAUUCCAGGCGAAGAGGCUGAGGAUACGGACUCGGAGUCUGAUGCAGGAAUGGACGUGGAAUCCACGGAUGAAGACGCGAACGAGGAAGAGGACGACGAUGAUAUGGAGUCUGACGAUGAAUGA